CUCAACUGCAACUGCAAAAACAUGACCUUUAAGCUGUAUUGCACAAUUUUUGCUUCUAUUUUCUUCUUUCAGUUUAAAGAAGCAAUAUUUACCGAUUACAAAAGCUCUGUCGAUGUUUCUAACGGAAUUUUAAGCUUCGCCAAUCUUUUCUCGUUUCCUAAUUAUCUACUGAACGCUACACCAUUUGAAUCUCUCUUCGUUUAUGGAGAACAAGACUGUCUUCAAGCUUGUACAGAGAACCCUCGAUGUCGGUCGUUGAAUUUCAAAGGUUCUAAAGUACGUGGAAAAUUUCUCUGUAACCUCUUAGAUACUGACAAAUUUAAGUCGUUGAAGCUAUUUGGUGCAACUUUGGAUUUUCAUCACUUCAGCGUGACGGCCCCGUGCGAGCUCAAUCCGUGCGAGAAUGGAGGGACCUGUCACCCAGUGGAGAUAGUAUACGACUUCAAAUGCGCCUGCCCACCAGGUUUCUUUGGGAAGCAAUGUGAGAAGUCGGCCAAGAGCUGCGCGGAGCUGCUGGAGGCUGGCUUCACAGACAAUGGUGUCUACAAAGUUUUUUUUAACAAUUCCCAAGUGUUCGACGUGUACUGCGAUCAGUCCAGCCGAGGAGGAGGUUGGACAAUGGUUUUCAAGGUUGUAUCUGGCGUCUCGGCUAACGGUAAGAGCAGCUCACAACUAUGGUCUUCCCCGGAGACGAUCAAUGAAAAUAGAUCAGAGGCGUUGAACAUCGAUUCUUCAUUCAGAGAACAUUACAAGAACCGCUUUGUGCCAAAUUGGCACCUUGCAAAACCCAAAGAGGUGCAGAUAGCUUUGUACAGACGGAAUGGCUCAGAGACCCUUUAUAUCGUAUUCGACUCUACUAGUUCUGACAACAAAAACUGGUUUUCCAAAAGUCGGAUCGUUCACUCUCCGUGGAGAGAUUUGGAAAGCGAGCACCAGAAUUACUUCUCGAUCGAGGGCUGUUGCUCUGGAAGGGAUUUCUACAUUUCCAGAAAUCAUGGCAGCUGCCAUGAUGCAGGAUGGCUGGCUAUUACUGUGAGUGCCUGUGGAUGGGAGAAACGUCUUCCUCCUUUUACUGUUUUGUACAGUAACAGGACGACAUACACGAGUUGGAAUCAGUUCGGAAAUGUUGGAGUCGCAGAUUUGUUUGUGGUGUAUAUUCGUUAAUAAUUUAUAAGAUAAGGUAAGUUGAUUAUUAGAAUUAUUUGGAACAAUAAAUAUUCAAACUGUGUAUGGUUUUGAAUAUGGUUUGCGCA